AUAAAAAGAAAGAGAGAGAUGAAGGUGAGGCAUACACCGAUUCCUCCUUCACGGUGCAGUGGGUCCUUCUUGGAGUUCCCGGGCAAGGCAAUUUCGGGAGUGUCCUGUCUGAACCCGCUGGAAGUGUUGUGUCCACCAGACCCAAGUUGUCGCGGCCAAUGGCACCAGUGAUUUCAGCGCUGCUUUCGCUCCUCCUGACGUUCACCACGGCUAAAGCAUUUGGAAUAGAGGACAUUGUGCCAGGUCAUAAGGUUGUUGCACAAAUUGGACACCAGAUUGCCCUAAGUUGUCACACAACUGGUUGUGAAUCCCCACACUUCUCCUGGAGAACCCAGUUAGACUAUCCAUUAGGUGGGAAAUCACACAGUCAAGGAAACAGUUCAGUUUUAACUAUACAGUCUGUUGGAUUUCAACAUGAGCACCAAUAUGUUUGCACUGCUGGUUGCAAGCCGGGUGAACCAUCCAAAGAAAAAGCAGUCAUGGUUGACAUUUACUCAUUCCCCAGUGAUCCGGUUAUUGAGCUCACAAGCCCUCUCAUUCUUGGGGAACCAGCUUCUGUCACCUGCAGUGUUCCCAAGGUCUAUCCUUCUGAGCAGUUGAAGAUCACUUUGCUAAAAGGAAAAAUAACUGCUGAAAAAGAGUUUUUUCAAGACCCUCAUACAAAAUCAUUACAGACCAAGAACCAUAAAAUUAAUUUUAUUCCUAUGGAGGAAGAUUUUGGGAAAGAGAUCAUAUGCAAAGCUGAGCUGCCGUUAGAGGAAAUGGCUUUGAAGCCCAGACUGUCUACACAUGUGAUGGAAAUAAAUUAUGGCCCACGGAAUACUCAAAUUGUGGCAUUGCAAGGCAACACCGUACUAGAAGGAGAAGCACUGACACUUACCUGCAUGACUGAAAGUCAUCCUAAGGCUAGCUUUGCCUGGAAGAAGCAGCUUCCUGAUGGAAUUUCCCAGAAUAUUACGGAAAAGUACAACCUCUUUAUCCCAAAUCCUCAGGCCUCUGACUCUGGAACCUAUAUUUGUGAAGUCACCAAUGAAGUUACAAGUGUAGUGGAGAGAAGAUCACUAUAUAUUUCUGUACAAGCCUUUUCAACAGCCGCCUCAACAUUAACCACCUCAUCUGAAACAACAACGUUAACCACCUCAUCUGAAACAACAACAUCCUUUACAUCAGAUGCGGCAUCAGAAACUACAAAAUCAGUUACAUCUCAUGCAAUGCUGAAAACGUUUAUGUCUACUACAUCAGAAAUAGCAGCACCAGAGUUGAUUACAAUGUCUACAUCACACACAGCACCAAAAAUAAUUACCUCGGUGACAUUGCUUGCAACACUGAAAAAUAAUACAGUUGUGUACCCGGUGGAUGUUUCUGAUGAUGACAGAAAUAAUACAGAAGAGAUCAUAAUAAUUGCCAGAGUUGAAGAGCUGGAUUACGCGACACCUGUAAUCAUCGUAGUUUCUUGUUUAGCAACAGUAGCAGGUCCUACAGCUGCCAUAUUUAUUUACAUUUUUAGAAAGAUGAAGAUAAAUGGCUCCUACAGUCUUGCAGACUCACUUAAGCCAAACAUAUAAGUCCAUUAACCAGAAGUAACUAGACAGAUUUGCAAGUUUACCAACUAGAUGACACUGGACUUUGCUCAGAAUCUUUGGUGAUCUUUCUCAUCACAACUCAAUGCGGGAGGAAUUGCGCUGAUGUGCUUUGGAAAGGAUGCAACCAAAUUAUGCCUUUCCACGAAAACCAGUCUCUUGAGCGCAGACUCUGUCUCCAUUCAGUGUCUCCAUUCAGCCACAAAGUGCUUGUGAUCUUGGGCUAAUCUAUAGAUAUGUUUCUAAACUAUGCUUUUAUUUUACAAUAUUAACUUCCAUGUGCAAUACAAGCCAAAUGAAACCUGCCUUACUUUUGGUAGUGCUGGACUAAGUUUCAAAUUUACCUACAUAUCCAACAAAGUAGUUACUUAUGAGAAUAGUGAAGUGCAGUAGGAUGGGCUAUCCAGAUAUCUUUAUACAUAGAGGCAAGUUAUACAAUAUGAACAAUUUAUCAAUAGAAGAGAAGUAUUGCAGCAUAGCACUGAUUCUGUUACCUGGUUGGGUAAUGAAAUGUCUGCAACAAAACAAGCUCACAAAGCACCAAGGACUGCAUAUGUGCAGCCUAACUCUUAACAGCUCAACUCUUAACUAUUUGCUAGCAACAGGAAAGGUGUUUCUUGUUUUACAAAAUCCCUAUAAAGCUCCAGUUGCUAAUUUUUUUUAUGUCAUCCCUGGAUCAGUUUACUAGGUCUGUGAUCUCUCACCACAAUUUUACUUCAACAGUUAAACCUCUUUGCUUCCUUGCAAAGUGGCCCACUGUUGGGAUAUUUAUUUUUGUUUUCUUUAUUAUUCUAAUAUUUUGGUGGUGGGGACUUUGUGGCUGCAGGCACUUCUCAACAAAGCAGUGAUUUGACCCUUGGUUCUAGAUUAGAAGAUGGAUAUUUCCAAAUUGUUUUUGAAGGGUUGGACAGUAGAAAUGUAUGUAAAUAUGCUGUAGGAUAUAUAUUGUUGUAAAUAAUGUAUCAUAUUCUGAACAUAUGUAUUAUGCAGAGAUGGGAUACAACUGGGUAAAUGUACAAUAGAUGUAUGUAUUUUGUAUAUAGUAUUUUUUAACCUGUAAGUAGCAAAUGCAAAAUUAUUCACUGCAACUUGUGAAUAAUUACAUGAUAUUCUGAAGGUUUUCUUUUCAGAAUGGGCUUAAUCCUGGUGGAGCUAAGCGUUUUGAAGACCUACUGAUCUCAACAAGAGGGAGUUUUAAAAAUGCAUUUCAUUCUUCUGUUGAAAUUAGUUAAAUUUAAAAAGUGCUUAACUUUGAGGGUUUGUUUCUGUAUAAAUAGAUGCUCAGACCCCCAUUUUUGCAAUGUUACAAAUAGUGGGGAGGAUAGAGUACAUGCAGUAUACAGAUUUAAAGUUCUGCAUAAUAGUGGAAGCUAAUGUUCUUUGAGAAAUAUUAGGAAACUUGAAAGAAGACCAUAGUUCCCAGGAGUCUCUGGGAAAAGAAAAUAACAAUUAAAUUGGCAUACACUGACAGAUGUACGAGUUUAAUUGUUGUUACUUCCUUUUCCUAAAGAUGUCCUAUUACUUAGAAAUUACUUAGUUAGAAAUGUCCCAUUACUUAGUACUAGAUAUAUGAAUAAAAUGGAGGUAUAGUCUUAUGCACAUUUAAAGUAGGGUAUGAGUCUCACUGUAAAGCAAAAACUCUACUUUGAUGUUGUCAACUGUAUUAUGAAAGGAAUAAUUUGUACACUCCAGACAAAAUUGCAGUUUAAGUUCUAUUCCAAGGUUAUUACCUGUUUUUUUAAAAAAAAAAAUAUUGUGAGCCUCUCACCUACCUGGUUCACGUUUUGGUACUUUCAUAGCUUGUACAGUAUUAUUUAAAUUUAUUGAUAGCAAUGCAAUGUUCUCCUGUGAAACUGAAUAUUUAUGUUGACAUCUGUGAAUUUUCUUUCUUUCUUUCUUUCUUUCUUUCUUUCUUUUUUUUUGGCUAGGUAGUAAAAUAGCCAAAAUGCUGUAAUUAAUCAAUGUAUGAUUGAAUUGUAAAUAAAAGUGUUUUUCUGAUUUUA